AGUUACGUGAAUUCACCUGUUGUAAGCUUGUCUCAGUAGUUUCCAAGUUCUUUUUACGAAAGAAGCAAAAGUAACCCCGAGAAGAGUGAAAGUGGCCAUGGCAUCGCAACAGGAAAGACAGGAACUUGACGCCAGGGCAAGGCAGGGAGAGACGGUUAUUCCCGGUGGAACUGGUGGGAAGAGUCUCGAAGCUCAAGAGCACCUUGCAGAAGGGAGGAGCCGUGGAGGUCAGACAAGGAAGGAGCAACUGGGGAGAGAAGGGUACCAGGAGCUGGGAAGCAAAGGAGGUCAGACAAGAAAGGAGCAGAUAGGGAGUGAGGGGUACCAGGAAAUGGGGCGAAAAGGUGGACUGAGUACCAUGGACAAGUCGGGAGGAGAGCGUGCAGCUGAGGAAGGAAUCGACAUUGACGAGUCCAAAUACAGAACUUGAUGCAAUAACCCCUUAAGUGCCUGCUGGCACUGUGUUUUGCUUAAGUCGAGAGUCUUGGAGUUUUGUGCAACUCUAGGUUGAUCGUAUCUUUUUUUGUAACCCCCCCUCCAUGUUUAGGUAGUUACUAAUGAUGGAGUGGCAUGGCAUAUGAGAGGUUUUCAGUUUGCAAGGUGCCUCUCUUCUUUCUGUAUGCUUUUUGACUAUGGAAUGAAAUGUGUUUUUGGUUGA